CACAGCAGAAGCUACGAUGCUAACAGCUUCUUAGCAUUGUUGUGUACUGGCGGUUUCGCAUGUAGCUAGAUGGAGAAACCAACGGCCGACUGUUUGUAAGGGUGGAUUUGAAGAUGUAGCCAUCAGUGGGUCGUCUCUGCAGCACCUAACCACUCCUGCACCGGGAUAAUCAACGGCCCCUGCCCUCCACCCUCCGCCACACUAACCCUGGAGCACUUCCACUCCUAGCCAGGGCUGCCCAGUGCUCGACUCAGCCGUCCUCAGUCAGUCCGUCCCUGGUUGAAGACCCCGCUGUCCUCAACCAUGCUGUUCUCCCUGAGGGAACUGGUCCAGUGGCUGGGCUUCGCUACCUUCGAACUCUUCCUCCACCUGCUGGCUUUGCUGGUCUUCAGCAUGCUGGUCGCUCUGCGAGCCGAUAUGUUUACCCCCACGUUGAGCUGGUGGCUGGUGUUCGUCCCGCUGUUCUCUGCCGACGGCCUCAGCACCUACUUCACGGCCAUCGUGUCCAUCCGGCUGUACCAAGAGAACGAGAAGCGCCUGGCGGUGCUGAGGCUCCUCUGGGUGCUGACGGUUCUCAGCUUGAAGCUGGUGUGUGAGGUCCUGCUGUGCCAGAAGCUGGCUGAGCAGGAACAAGCCAGAGACCUGUAUUUUGGCCUCAUCGUCUCGCCACUGUUCAUCCUGCUGCAGCUGUUGAUGAUUCGAGCGUGUCGCGUCAACUGAGGAGGGGCGGCUAGUGGAAGUGCUUUCACAUCACCGACCACAGCAGAGAGCAGUCUUCAUCUGCCGUUAGAGAUUUAAAGCAUAACAUUGGCAUCAUUUUCCUUUUGGCUCAGUCUCACCUUUUUACACAAAAAAGUACAUGCAAGUUUGUCAUGUUCCAGGUCACGCCAGAAUCUAGUUUUCUAGAAUUUGUGUUUUCAAAGCUUCAGAAUUAGAAGAUUUACUUGCCUGCUUGAGUUACGAUGCAGUAUUUUGAAAAAAGAAGAAGCUGAAACCAAUGAAUUAAUGGAGUCAGUUAUUGAUAGAUAAAGACUGUAAGUUGUUGUGGUACCUUUAUGGCUACAGAGAGGAUGUCAGGUGUGUAUUUGGAACACAGGAGUGCCUCUUCAUUGUGCAAUCAAUGGUAGACAAUGAGCCAGGAGGAAAAUUUCUGCCAGAGUUAUGGUUUAAUGCGUAUGUGCACACGACACUUGUCAAUUCAAUAAAGUUGGGAGAUCUCAAGUCAACUCUCGUGGGUAAGAGAUUCCAAAGAGUUGUUGCAGCUUUGUUGCUUUAAUUCCCCAAAGGAAGGCACUGCUCGCCCAUAAAAAUCCGGUUAGGUUUAUUCUCUCGUGUCUCACUUUGUUGCCUGUUGCUGAGAGUGUCGCUCGUAUGUCCCCUGAAACCACCCAACCUCCAUCAGUGAGAACGGUUCUGGACUGGAAGAAGCUCGGUUCUGAAACCUGUCUGCUCGCAGUCUCGCCCCCAAUGCAGAAGAACUGAAUGUGAUUUCCACGAGCAGUGGAUGGUGUGCACACAUCCUCCCUGAACAUCGCUGUUUAUUUUCACAACAUGUAAUGUACUUGAUCUGUUUCUGCUCAGACCUUGUGUAUGCACCGCAUGUAUUUAAGGCCUCAUUUAAAGGUAAUUCCUGAUGUGAAAUUAUGUGGAAUAUGUAUAUGUUGACUUUUGGAAAGACAUUCACGAAACCUUAUUUAUGUUCUUACGUUUUUGCUAUGGCACCUUUAUUGUCACAUGUAUAUAAAUGUAAAUAAAACAUCAACAUUUAACCAA